AUGGUCGAAGUCGAAGCUCAACGGGCCGGUCCCAUCGACCGUAAACAACGAAUUAUCUCGCGCAGAGAGAUUGAAGGCUUGGUUGCCGAUGGGCGCCAUAUUGUGAUAUAUGACGGCAGAGUUCUAAAGACAGAUGCCUGGCUCAAGUUCCAUCCUGGUGGCCCAACGUCGAUCAAGCAUAUGGUUGGUCGUGAUGCCACCGACGAAAUAAACGCAUUGCAUUCUGCAGAAACUCGAAAGCGCAUGCUUUCAUACCAAAUUGGGCGUAUUCAAGGACGAUGGGUCAACUUCCUACCUCCGAUCCAGGGAGGACAGUUUCGCCCUUACGGCGAGAACGAAACCGCAGAAUCUGAAGGAUGCUCGAGUGAUUCGAGCUCGCGCUCUAGCUCACCGGUCUUUGAUGAGCCGGAGGGUACUGGCUUGCGUCGAAGAAAUUCGACAUCAACGAAUGCUUCAUCUGUUCCAUCGACACCACCUAGUGACCAGAAAACCGAUUCCCGUUUCUCCUUUCUCGAUGCCCGAACAAGGCAAGAAAUAUUAUUAGACACAUCGAAGUACCCCUCUCUUGACUUUCGCUCCCAAGAUGCUAUCGUUCAGAAGUAUCGUGAAUUGGAUGAGCGGAUACGUGCGGCCGGUCUCUAUAACUGCAACUACUGGGCCUACUUCGUAGAAUGUUGCCGGUACUUUUUGUUUGCUGCGCUUAGCUAUACCUUUCUCCGCUGGGGUUGGUACAUACCGUCGGCCUUUUUCCUCGGCUGCAUGUGGCAUCAACUCGUCUUCACGGUGCAUGAUGCCGGGCAUAUGGGCAUUACUCACAGUUACCAAGUCGACUCAACCAUUGGCAUGACCAUUGCCAGCUACAUUGGCGGACUGAGUUUGUGCUGGUGGAAGGACAACCACAACGUGCACCAUAUUGUCACAAACUCCCCGGAACACGACCCAGACAUCCAGCAUAUGCCCUUUUUCGCCAUUUCUCACCGACUGCUGACAAGUCUGCGCAGCACUUACUACGGAAUUAUCAUGCAAUACGACUUUGCCGCUAAAAUUCUUCUGCGCGUUCAAAAUUAUACUUACUAUCCCAUCAUGCUCUUUGCUCGAUUCAACCUUUAUGCUCUGAGCUACGGAUUUCUUUUCUCAAGACGAGCUAGGGCAAAUGGACCUGCGUGGUGGCACAGGUGGUACGAGAUUGCCGGGUUGGUGUUUUUCUGGUCCUGGUUUGGAUACGGAGUGCUCUACCGCUCUCUCCCCGACUGGUCCAGCCGCAUUACUUACCUCCUCAUCUCGCACAUGGUCACAUCACCGCUCCAUGUGCAAAUUACGCUUUCUCAUUUUGCCAUGUCAACGGCUGAUCUCGGCAUUCACGAAUCCUUCCCCCAAAAAAUGUUGCGUACAACCAUGGACGUCGACUGUCCGACCUGGUUGGAUUUCUUCCAUGGCGGCCUCCAAUUCCAGGCUAUUCACCAUUUGUAUCCGCGUCUUCCGCGUCAUAAUCUUCGAGAGGCUCAGAAGCUGAUCCUUGAGUUUUGCCGCGAGGUUGAUAUUCCAUAUGCUAUCUUCACAUUUGUGGAUGGUAACAAGGAAGUGAUUACCCGACUCGCUGAUGUUGCGAAGCAGGCAAAAAUAAUGGAAGAGUGUAGAAAGUCGAUUGCUCGAGAGGGUGUUUUUGCCAGCCAUCACUAG